CCCUUCACGCCGCCCAUCGUCAAGCGGCUGCUGGGCUGGAAGAAGGGCGAGCAGAACGGGCAGGAGGAGAAGUGGUGCGAGAAGGCGGUGAAGAGCCUGGUGAAGAAGCUCAAGAAGACCGGGCAGCUGGACGAGCUGGAGAAGGCCAUCACCACGCAGAGCGUCAACACCAAGUGCAUCACCAUCCCCAGGUCGCUGGACGGGCGGCUGCAGGUGUCCCACCGGAAGGGCCUCCCCCAUGUCAUCUACUGCCGGCUGUGGCGGUGGCCAGAUCUUCACAGCCAUCAUGAGCUCCGGGCCAUGGAGAUGUGCGAAUAUGCGUUCAGCAUGAAGAAGGAUGAAGUCUGUGUGAACCCGUAUCACUACCAAAGAGUGGAAACACCAGUGUUGCCUCCAGUCCUCGUGCCGAGACACACAGAAAUCCCAGCGGAAUUCCCACCGCUUGAUGACUACAGCCACUCUAUUCCGGAGAACACCAACUUCCCAGCAGGCAUAGAACCUCAGAGCAACUACAUUCCAGAGACACCUCCACCUGGCUACCUGAGCGAGGAUGGAGAAACCAGCGACCCUCAGAGGAAUCACAGUAUGGAUGCAGGUUCUCCAAAUUUAUCUCCAAACCCGAUGUCUCCUGCACAUAAUAAUCUGGACCUCCAGCCCGUCACCUACUGCGAGCCGGCCUUCUGGUGCUCCAUCUCGUACUACGAGCUCAACCAGCGAGUCGGGGAGACCUUCCACGCGUCGCAGCCCUCCAUGACCGUGGACGGCUUCACCGACCCGUCCAACUCCGAACGCUUCUGCCUCGGCCUGCUGUCCAACGUGAACCGCAACGCCGCCGUGGAGCUCACCCGGCGGCACAUCGGGAGAGGUGUGCGGCUGUAUUACAUCGGAGGAGAGGUCUUUGCGGAGUGCCUGAGCGACAGCGCCAUCUUCGUCCAGUCUCCCAACUGUAACCAGCGCUACGGCUGGCAUCCAGCGACCGUGUGCAAGAUCCCGCCAGGCUGCAACCUGAAAAUUUUCAACAACCAGGAGUUUGCUGCCCUGCUGGCGCAGUCCGUGAACCAGGGCUUCGAGGCGGUCUAUCAGCUGACGCGCAUGUGCACCAUCCGGAUGAGCUUCGUUAAGGGCUGGGGUGCCGAGUACAGGCGGCAGACGGUCACCAGCACACCCUGCUGGAUUGAGCUUCACCUGAACGGCCCCCUGCAGUGGCUGGACAAGGUCCUCACCCAGAUGGGCUCCCCCAGCAUCCGCUGCUCCAGUGUGUCCUAGAGGAGGGGCAGCUGAAGCCGAGGCCCAAAAGCGGGGACUCUGUCGGCCCGUCGCCCGAGCGUCCGCAGCCUGUCUGACCGACGGGGCAUCCCGAGAACGAGCGUUUCGGCUGGCGGUUGCUCCUCUCCUGGGCCCCGUCUGUCUGGCAACCGUCCCUCCCCUCCAGCGGAAGAUGCUGCUCCACGCCAGCGAGACUUUGCCAGGGCUGGGCCGCUCCUGCCCGAACAGCCGGCACGUCCGUCGCGGUGGUGCCUUGGACCCUCGUGGAAGGCAUCGCGACGCCCCGCCCCGCCGUCUGGACUCCUGCUCGAGUGGAGCGCAGCUCGGCUGGGGCGACCUCACCUGCCGCCGCGUGCCGGGGCGCCGCGUGUCCGGAGUGGCUCCUCGCAGCUGCUCUGGGACUGGGAGCGAGCAAGGGAGACGCCUCCGUAGCGCCGGCCCACAGGCAUCUCGUUCGAGAUGAUCCAGCUGGAACGGGGGGUGCGGCGUGGGGGGGACCGUGACAGCUUUUGACAUUCCUUUUCCAGUGUUUGCUUCUGGGCCUCCUCCCCGGCCCAUCUCUGGCAGACCAUUUGUGGGAACGGUGAAGAAAGCCGUUUGGAUUAAAAUCUGGAGCAACGGGUGCGGGAGGGAAGAAAGCUGGAAUUCGGUCAGGAAGGAGGAGUCGCCCCCCUCUUUGCUUUGCUCCGUUGUUGCGAUCUCAGAGAUGAAAUUAGCUGUAAAGUGCACACACCGUGGCUGCCUCAUCCCACAUCGGCGCAUGCCUUAAAAUCCCCCUUUCCUUUACGUUUAGCUUAUCGUGGUGCGAUCUCACCACUUCCUGCAAAGGAGUCUGACACUUGCCAAGACUGGGGGCCCUUCUGCAUUAACUUUGUGUUUCUCCCACGUUGUUUUCCUGCUGUCCUGUUUUAGCCUUUAGCAGUUGCUUUAAGGGGUCUCAGAAUUCAGUAGUGGAAACCUUCCAGAAGGGAGCUAAGCAGCCCUGCUAACUGGACCAGGGGAGAUGAAAGUCACAAUCAGCCAAGGGUGUGAUUCUCUGCCGUCAGGACCCCCCUUCGCUGCUGGAACGUCUUGUGAAGAACAUCCUCUGCUAGGGGCCAGUCGCAAGGGUCUUUAGUAAGAAAGGCACACUGGGCCAGCACGCAGUUCCCAUAUUAAUCGGCAGCGCAGUUUUGGUUCUCAGGGAUUCUGGAGCUCGAAAUUCAUUUGCGGGCGUGCUUAAUGCUGCGUGCGAACAGCAAGUUUGCGCCUGCCCAUGCAGCUGCCGGUAUUCUUGACUGUGAGGUCAAAACCCGAGUGACUCCCAAGAGAAGAGAUGGUUGUUCUGCGACUGGAGAUGGGCACGACAUGCAAGGUGAGGCCCUUAAACCGCAUUUCUAGGAGGCCAUCACGGCGCCUGGAUGAGUCCUCCGGCCCUGAGCGGCCAGUGUCUUCCGCGCAGCAGCCGAGAAUCGCUGCCUUGGCUCAGGGCAGGCAUGGCUCCUUAGCCGGGUACACCUGCCUGGAAUCUCUCUGGAGACCACGCUCCGAGGCCCCGGUGGCCACCGCACCACACCUCGCGCCUCUGAGGCACUGCUGAACGGAGUGCGUGCCCCGUGCAGCAGGGAGCUGCCACCUGGCUGACACUGCUGUUGCCUGCCCGGCUGAAGGUUUGCCUCCUCACCCCAGCGAAACGGCAUGUGCUCCCCGCCUGGGCGGCCAGCGCAAGCCUGCUCUUCGCCAGACUUUGCCACCGAGCGGGCGUUGCCAGAGCCUGGUCAGGAAGGCGCGGCCACCUGCUCAGAAGCAGGAAUGGGGCCCUUGAGGAACACUUUAAGCAGCGCUGCUUUUGCUACAGGAACAUCAUUGCCGGAGGGGGUUUUCCUUUGGCAAAUAUGGGGAUGCACCAAGAGUCUUAAGACAGUGGAUUUAUCGAAUGUUCUUUGCGUGCAUACCUAAAAUGAGGCAAGAGGGGAAUGCAGAAUCCGACCCUUCCUGCAUGCCUUGUGAUGCACCAGAGAGCCUUUAAAUGUUCGGGGAGGAGGCUGCUUUUCAGAGAGGGUUUUGCUGACCCUGCAGCUUUCUGGAGCGAUGUUUGUGACUAACGAGACAUUCCUUGCUGGCUUUUCCAAAAUGAUUUUCGAUUGAAUCGUGCAGCGCUUGUAUUCACCUAAGUUGUGACAUUCUGGUUUGAGCUGCUGGACAAAUUCUGAAUUGAGUAGUUGCUCCUGGACUCCUGGGGGCUUGCUGGGUCAUGUUAGAGCAGUCAGGAAUUUUUGCGGUAGCCAAGAAACUUCUGAACAGGGAUUUCUGUUUUUCUCAUCCUCUUUUCUUUCCGUGAGGCACUACGAUGCCCUACACUGGGUGGAACUAUGCACAGUGAUACAAGUAUGCGAUCUUGUUGUAGCAUUUGGGUGGCAUGAUCACUCAGAACAGGCCAGCACGGUCUUCAUCCAUCUGAAGUGCAUAUUCUGCGUUGAUUUUACAGUCAUUUCCCAAGGAGCAGGGUCGGCAGACUCCUGUUGGAGCCUGCAAGAAUUAGCCGAAGAAAUGUUUGAACCCCCAAAUCCCCGACGUGGACAUCUCUUGCAGUCCGGCAUGUGUGUAUUUGAAGCAGCUUCUUAAGACGCUCCAGCCUGCCGGGUUUUCUUCUUGGUUACCCUCCUGCCUGUCGUUUGCCGUUCACCUGCAGGCUUCUCUCUCAUCAUAGGAACUCACUCCUGCCCAUGGAGGAUUCCGUCCGUCUGUAGCUGCUGCAGCAGAGAGAGGAGUCCUGGGAUUUGGGCCGUUUCCAGUGUCCCAUUUCUGUUGCUCUAUGAAACUUUCCUUAUACAAAAGUAAAGUGGUGGUGGGGAAUCUCUCGUGUACGACGUUUCCUCAGAGUGGAAACAGCCCAUUUAAGACAUCAAGGUCUGCCAAGCGACUGCCACUACUUUGAAGAGGCUGCUGCUGUUUUAAUAGCUUCACAUCCAAGUCGAAGAACUGAUAUUCUCAGAAGCACCUGAACCAGUUUUAAAGGCCCAGAUCCUUUCAGUGCAAGUUUUGCCUUCAUCCAGCCCAUUGAUAGGAGCGAGUUUCAUUUAGGGACUCUUGACCCUUUUCAGUUCUUUAAAAAAAAACCUUUACAUUCUCUGUUUUACAUAUAUCUAAAAGCUCUCUAUGCCCAUCUCUUAUUAGUCACUUUUAAAGGAAAGUAAUGAGAUUUAGUUGCCAGAUAGAGGGUGCAAUCUAGCAAAAUUUAUUCAAGUGCACUUAACUUCCUCUGAAUUGCAUCCUGCAUUCUGUCUGGGAGCUCCUCGUGGCCUUGAUCUCGUGGUUGCCAGUGAGCAACCUGGAAACGGUGCUGCAAAAGGGACCCAGCUGCAGCUUCCCCACCACCCUUUUCCCUGAAACUGUGCCCACACCUUCCCUCCCACCCGUUGAAACAUGGUGCUCAUGCUGCCCCACUUCACGUGGGAGGGGAAGGCAGUGGGAGCAGCAGGGAGGGGCAGGCCCCAAACCAGGACCCAUAUGAUAAGGCCUCUCUAUUCUCUUCUGUGGGAGACUGUGCCCCCCCCCCUUUUAGGUGGGUGCAGGACAUGUUUGUUUCUGCAGAGUAAAAACAUGCAAGCUUAAAUGACCCAUGUAGAAUUCCUCAGAUCUCAGGUUUGCUCUCUGGAGUGUUAAGACUUGGCUUUUUCCCCCGGGGUGGGUGGGGGUCGCAAAGCAAGCACAGGCCAAGCAGAAAACGCACGGGAUGGAGAAACUCGGCACUUCCUCCUUUGGUUAGAGCUGCACUUUAGCAAUGCCGUUGCUUCCCGCACUUAUGAUCAGUCUGGAGCGGCGCAGCGCUACCCAGGUGCCCUCGUGGAGGCACUGCCCGCACUCAUGGCAGCCCCUCCUUUCCUGGCCUGCCUGCCAGGUCGUCUCCCGGCUCCGCUGAGUGGAGGGGGUGCCCUGUGGCGGCGGGUGGCCAUGGGGCCAGGGGGGUCGGGACGGGGCCUCCACGCCACGUGGGCAACUUCCUGGCCCUUCCUUUAUCUCAAGUAGGCCUGCUUGCCUCUCCUUGCGCCUUGCUCGUGGCAACCUCCACAUGCCGUGAUUAACUUCUAAAACGAGAGACAGCCAUGCCCACCCUUCGUAAAACUAAGUGUGUGCGUGUUCAAGGCACCCACCUGUUUGCCAUGACCGAGUGUGUUCCCGGCUUUUGAAGCACGUUCCAGGGCAGGGCCCUGGCUGCCCUCAUGCUGAAAGUGGGGCGGCAGGCGGCUGUCCAUUUGGCAUUCAAGGUUUCGACACGGACAGCCCGGGCUGAGCCGCACCAGUGUGGGUGUUCAGAUUGUGCACGUACUUGUACUGGAAUCUGCCUUUUAGUGGGGCUCCCUGGCUCUUCCUCCAGGAGCCUUGUCUUUCGUGGCUGGGGACUGAGCUGGCCCUUUGACUCCCACAGUGGCCCUUGUUUGAUACGGCUGCGGGACAGCAAAUCCAAGUAGCCAUGGUGCUUCCUUUCCGUGACCGUGGUGAAACUAUUACUGUUUUUUUUUUUUAACAUAAUGAACCAAGUCGCCGUGCGUCUUAGUUUGCAUUUAGGGAGCUGCAGAGUCCAGGCCCUUCGCGUGGAAUUCAACGAGGCAGCAGGACCUUGCAGGAGGGAUUGGAAAACGGCUGGUGGCUGUUUUGAUGUGGCGGUUGGAGGAGCGCGUGGCCCAGGCGGGAGUCCGGCCCCAGCCAGACCCAAGCAGCGACUGGCGAAAGGCCAACGAUCCGCCUCCCUCUGGGGCUGGUUUCUGCUUGGACAAGAGAAGCCGGAUGCAGGCCAGGAUGCGACAGGGCAUCGCAGCGCCAUGGCUGCUCCUCCCUCCUAGGUCUUUCAUGGAGGCAGGCAGAGUCAUAACUUAGAUUUUUUCUAGGGUAGAUGGAAAAUUAUUAGCCCCUCUUAUAGCGUAGCCAAUCUUGAGCUGUGUGCUUAUGUUUAAUAUAGCUUGACAUAGUUCCUUAUUUAUAUAAUUUCUUUCAGUAGUCAGAUUGGGUCAGAUACUUAAUUUUUUUGCCUAAACAUUACAUUUUGAGGUUGAAGAGUUGAAGGCUGGAUUUGGGGGAGGACCCUAACCCUAAACACAAACCAACCCAUUUAAAAGUAAGUACUGAUGGAGCUGCAUUUGGACAGAACAGCAGAACCCUGGAAGGGAAGAGAUACGUUUAUGGCACGGUCCAGGUCCAGUAAGCACGUUUGCACUGGCAGAGACGGGUGCGUUGCGGAGGUCUGGCCCGGUCUUAGCAGUGCAAGGGUCGCCGCUGCUGGGCUGCCUCGUGCCCACCACGCGCCCUCACCGCCUUGCGACAUUCCAUGGACGACGUGUUCCUGGUACGAUGCACAGCGCCGCUAUGGCGUAUCCUCCGUUUUCAGGUGGUUAAUUGCAGAUUCUUGCGAACCUCAGUGGAACGACAUAGAAAUGUUUUAAUAAAUAAAUAAUAAAUAAACGAGGGAAGAAUCAUAAGCAUCUGGGCAUUCUCCCACUCAGCAGUCCCCAUCUUUGUGCAGACAGGGCUGUUCUUCUCGUGUGCCGAGUAUGGUGAGUUGCCGAGACGGUUGGUUUAAACACACACUGAACAAACGGUUUCACCAUCCAUUCCCCUGCAAUGGAGCAGCUGGCCGUUUUAGGAGACUGCUGUGCUCUUCACUGUCCUCUUACGGAAGCCUUCCUCUUCAGCGAAAGGUAGCAGAGUUCUUGAGGAGAAACAGCUUAGCUUGUGUGAAACACUUUGCAUCCAGUGUUUAUUUUCUACUCAUUUUAUAUCUGUGUAUUAACUAAAAGUUGCCACUGCCGGGUUUUCAGCUUGUUAAGCUUAUUUUUAUCAAAAGCCUGUAGCAUCCUCGCCCUGGUAUUUCUUACGUGAAACUUGUAUGUUCUUUCCUUUGUCAUCCUAAUAAAUUUGUAAUGAUCUUUC